AUGUUCGGAAACGCAACACCGAAGAAGGCUAUCACCUUCACGAAAUACAGCGUUAUCUUCUGCUGCGGUUGGCCACUCCCUUCGUCAGCGAGCAAGCGUCAAUUUUACGGUUAUCUGUUCCUGAAAGUUGUGGGUGCUUUACUCACCAUCGCAGUGUUUUUGCCUGCACUCUGGUCGCUUUAUCUUCACAUUGAUGAUCCAGUGAUCACCGGCAAUACGUUCGGUCUCGCAUGUGCUUUGCUUCAAAACUUCGCAAGUAUAAUCAUCUGUACCAUCCAGCACAAUCAUUAUCAGUAUCUACAGUUAUCUCAUGUGUUCCAGCGACUGAUCGAGGAAAUGACGAAUUAUUUAGAUAAGGCGAAGUCCCAUGAAAUGGCUAUCUUCCAGCGAUACGUGGACAAGUAUUCUACAUAUCACGGGACGUCCACAUUAGUCCCCUAUUUUUGCGCGGUACUCAUUGUGGUCGCAACCUUGUUCUUGGAACAGCCAUUCCCGGUGAUCUCCGAGUAUCCAUUCCGCGUCGAUUACGAACCCAUCAGAACAAUCAUUUUUUUAAAUCAUUCAUUCGUCGCUUUGCAAAAUAUUUCGUGUGUAAAUUUGAAUUCACUGACAGCGUUGCUGCUUCUGUUUGCUGCAGCACGAUUCGACAUAUUCAUGUCGCAUUUGGAAAUGGCUGACACUGUCGCCGACUUAAAGGAAUGUAUGAAUAUGUACGGUGACGUGAAAAGAUAUGCACAUGAUGUCGUUGGCGGCAUCCAAUAUAUAACAUUGUCCACAGUUCUGUUCAGUAGUAUAAUCCUUGUAAAUGCCGGACUCAACAUCAUUGGGCAUCUUGCGUUUGGUGUAAAAUGUCAAUUCACAUUUGUUGCUCUGACGGUGUUGCUAGAAGUUUUCACGUGCGUGUUGCCAGCUGAUCGUCUGAUAGAAGCAGUAAGUCAUUAAUUAGCUAUGAUUACUGUUAGCAAUUAAUUAAGUUGUACUAAUGGCUGCAUUAUUUUUAAAUAUAAGUUAGUCCUUUUAGGAAUCUACUGUGUGUUGCAACUUAAUCAGCAUAUUGUGUUUAUUUGUAUUUUCUGUAACGAAAUUUAUUAUUAUCUAUUAUCUAUAUUGUUAACUCUUACAUGACGAACGCCGUAAUCGUUGACAAGAUAUGUUAACUAGAAACAUUAUUACCUAUUUUACUGUUAAUAAUGUAUUAUUUUCAUAGUCUGUGUGCUUAA